AAGGCGGGCUCGGCCGUUGGCAGGAGGUCGUCGUUGGCCUUCUUCGGCGCCGAUGAUGUCGGGCACCCGAGCGGCGUCCAAUUCCGGCGCGGCGGGAGGCGUCGCUCUGAAGCGGAUGCGGAGCGAGCCGGGCGGCAACCGGGUGACGGUGGUGCUGGGCUCGCAGUGGGGGGACGAGGGCAAGGGCAAAGUGGUGGACCUCCUCGCCACCGAGGCCGACCUCGUCUGCAGGUGCCAGGGUGGAAAUAAUGCAGGCCACACUGUCGUUGUUGAUGGGAAAGAAUAUGAUUUUCACCUUUUUCCUAGUGGUAUAAUUAAUCCGAAGGCCAUUUCAUUUAUUGGAAAUGGGGUAGUUAUACAUCUUCCAGGCUUAUUUGAAGAAGCUGAAAAAAAUGAGAAAAAAGGUUUAAGAGAUUGGGAGAAAAGACUCAUUAUAUCUGACAGAGCACACAUUGUGUUUGAUUUUCACCAGGCAGUUGAUGGACUUCAAGAAGUGCAGCGGCAAGCACAAGAGGGGAAAAACAUUGGCACAACAAAGAAAGGUAUCGGACCAACCUAUUCUUCCAAAGCUGCACGAACAGGUCUUCGAGUUUGUGAUCUUCUUGCAGACUUUGAUGAAUUUUCUUCCAGAUUUAAGAAUCUGGCUCAUCAGUACAAGUCAAUGUUUCCUUCUUUAGAAAUUGAUAUAGAAGGACAGCUGAAAAAACUGAAGGUUUAUGCUGAAAAAAUAAGACCAAUGGUCCGAGAUGGUGUUUAUUUUAUGUAUGAAGCUCUUCAUGGGUCUCCGAAGAAAAUUCUUGUAGAGGGUGCCAAUGCAGCACUGCUUGACAUUGACUUUGGCACAUACCCUUUUGUGACAUCGUCAAACUGUACUGUGGGAGGUGUAUGCACUGGACUCGGUAUUCCUCCUCAAUAUGUCGGAGAGGUAUAUGGUGUAGUGAAGGCCUACACAACGAGAGUGGGAAUUGGAGCCUUCCCCACUGAACAGAUAAAUGAAAUUGGGGACCUCUUACAGUCUCGAGGCCACGAGUGGGGAGUGACCACAGGCAGAAAAAGGCGCUGUGGCUGGUUAGACCUUGUCAUUUUGAGAUAUGCUCAUAUGAUCAACGGAUUCACUGCUCUGGCAUUAACAAAACUAGAUAUUCUGGAUGUCCUUGAUGAAAUCAAAAUUGGUGUUGCUUACAAGCUAGGUGGAAAAAGGAUUCCUUAUUUUCCAGCUAACCAGGAAAUACUACAGAAAGUAGAGGUGGAGUAUGAAACAAUGCCAGGAUGGAAGACAGACACAACUAAUGCAAGAAAAUGGGAGGAACUUCCACCCAAGGCACAAAAUUACAUUCGGUUUGUGGAAAACCAUGUUGGAGUGGCAGUUAAAUGGGUUGGAGUUGGAAAAUCAAGGGAAUCGAUGAUUCAGCUUUUUUAACCACAGAAAGAACUUUGGUGCCAAGAAACACAGUUGAGUGUCCACCUGUUCCUUUCUUUUCCCCAUCUGAGAUGAAGAUGCUGUUGAAAUCAAAACAUUCUUCCUAGAAUAUGAUUAGGUGUAUCUUUCUUCUAUUGUUGUUUUCAAGUAUAAAAAAUAUCAAGAACACAGAAUAAGAGCAAUCAAGAGUGAGAUUUGGAGUAAGGGAAUCUUAAGUUCAAAUUUGAAACUGCUCUAAAAAUUUGAAAUUAUGCCAGAUUGCAGAGAGACAUAAUGGCAUAUUCCUUUUCCUGUGUUGGGAAGCAAAAGAAGAGGUGACAUAACAUGUUUAUGUACCUUCACGUCUUUUCCAAAUUAUUUAGACUUUAAAGCAACUCUAUCAUAGAGUUUUCUUGGCAAGAUUUGUUCAGAACGGGUUUGCCAUUUGCCUUCCUUUGAGGCUGAGAAAGUGUGUGUUCCCUAGGGUCUCCCACUGGGUUUUUAUGACUGAGCAGACAUUUGAAUCACGGUCUCCCAGAGUCCUAGUCCAACACAUCAACCUCUUGAACAUGUAUUUAAAAUUAGACUGGCUGUGAGCAUCGCAUUUCAAUAAAAAUAUGGCCAUCAAAGCAAAUGCUAUUGCCUUGAAGCCUGCACAUUUUCAAUAAAAGCUUUUCACAUCCAAAAAAGGAAGAGAAAUAAGUUGCAAUCAUUUGUUGGCAGCGGUCAAACUGCAGAUGGCUGUCUGAGCUGGGGAUAAACAGUUUCUCUUCUUUUGUUUCCCACUAGGCAGCUCAAGUGGAGUUCUUACUCCAUCAUACAAUAGGCAAUAGAUUAAAAGGAGAAAGACAGCAGAUGCAGAAAGUGUUCCUAAAGGGAUGUAGAUGGGACAGCAUCUUGCAGUACGUUACUGUAUAGAGCUUCACUGCAUCCUUGGUUGCGAUCUUUAUAGAAGAUCUUCAGGAUUUUAAUCUUCCAGAGAGACAUUUUUCUUCUGCAGUUGUUACUUUAUCACUACUCCACAUAACAACAACAACAAUCUUUAUUUGUAUACCACCACCAUCUCCUGAAGGAACUUGGGGCAGCUCACAAAAGCACUCAGUGGCGCAACAUACAUAAAAUACAACAAGUACAUAGCAAUAAGACAAUAACAAAAAUAACACUUAGCCUUCGAGUCGAAUAUAAGGAAAAAUGGUGUGACUGCUCCAUUAGCCUUCUACGAAUAAAAAAAAAAUUCAAGUUCGACUUCCUACUAAUUUAGGCAGUUUUCUGUCAUUCUAGAGAGCUGCUAUACUCCAGCAAAGCUUUAAAGCAAUGUUUCUCAUGCUGUCCAAUGUGAGGACCAGCAGGUUAUUGUCAUAUGUGCCAGGAACUGGUAACAUAGUUAUUCCUAUAGUAGUGUAUACUCACAACCAGCUGUUGAAGCACUAUUGCCAAACCACAGAUUAUUACUUUGAGAAGUGUUGAUUUUAAAAUACAAUGCAUAAUUCCCACAAACACAGUCCUAUUGCUGAUAAGUAACACAAGAUAAUAGUAAUACACUUAAAUACAUUUUUUUAAUAUUCCGCUUUAUCUUCCCGAAGAGACUCAAGAGUGGAUUAUAAUAUACACUUACAAAGCAAACAUUCAACAACAUACAACACAGCCUUCUUCUUGAGGUUGUUACCUUUGUGACAAAAGGGGCGCAACAACAUGGAACUGUUGUGUCUAGCCUUAAUUUUCCUGUUUGAAAUGCCAACAGUGGUGGCCAGUGCCAUUGCAGCUAGGAGCAUGAGACUGUCAUGGAGCAAUGAAGCACAAAGUUUAAAUCAAAAUAAAGGUGCAUGUGGUCAGUUUGUCGCUACUUAUAAUACUAAAGAUAGUAUCAGUGGAAGUAGGCAAACAUUUUCAGGAAACAGAACUGUCACAAGAGAAACGUGUCACUGCUUUAGUACUACUGUGUCACCCAUGCAUCCUCCGCCAGUUGGUAAUAGGACAAUUACCAUUGGUUUUAGAGUAAUCUCUGGUCAUGCACCAUUCUGGACAUGAACUGGACUGGUACAUUAGUUAAGAAGUACAAACAAUGUGAUAUGCUUCCUUGUACUCCUUAUGCACCUGCCAGGUAAUGUAUUGUAGUAAGGUAAAGGUUUCACCUUGAUAUGAAGUCUGGUUGUGUCUGACUGUGGGGGAUGGUGCUUAUCUCCAUUUCUAAACCGAAGAGCUGGUGUUGUCUGUAGACGCCUCCAAGGUUAUGUGGCCAGCAUGACUGCAUGGAGUGCUGUUACCUUCCCUGCUGGAGUGGGAUCCAUUGAUCUACUGACAUUGGCAUGUUUUCAAACUGCUAGGUUGGCAGAAGCUGGGGCUAACAGCAGGAGCUCACCCUGCUCCCCGGAUUCGAACCGCCAACCUUUCGGUCAGCAAGUUCAGCAGCUCAGCAAUUUAACCCGCUGCGCCAUCAGGGGCUCCAUGUAUUGUAGUGCCCAAAUUAAUUCUUACAAUGUAGAACUUUAUGUAAAACCCUUCUCCUCGUUCCAGGAGGAAAAUGAUUAAAGUCAUUGUGCAGUUCUCUUAUCUGCUAUUCUGAAAAAAAUGCUGAUUAUCAGGAAUGGUUUUUAGAACCUUCUAAUGGCUAUCAGCACACUGAUGCCGUAAUGUAGGCUCAUCUGACUUUUUGCAUGGACGGAAUUGUUUUUCCCCCACUUGAUUAAUAUUGUAUAAUAAAAACUCCCAUCUAGAGUGAAAGUGGUCAGCAUAAUGCCGAUAAACUGUGCAUACUGCCAAAUUUUUCACACUGUAUGUGAACAAUGGCAAUUUUUGGAAUAAUUUAGUGCUUGGACAACAGCAAUAAUCUUAAUAGACGCACGCCUCUUUAUGGAGUAUGAACUAUUGUGUUCAUAGUCCCAUGGCAGCUUGCACACACAACUUCACUGCUGAGCAAAUACUGAGAAACAAAUCUUUGUAUACCUAAUAUUUUCAUGCAUAUGGAUGAAGGCAGGGGUAUUAAUUUUAAGCAAGGCUGGGGUUUUUUUUGUACAGACAACCAAUAUCUCAGAUGUUUUAAAAUCAUAAUUAGAAGAGAUCACAGGUGCCAUCCAGUCCAACCCCUUGCUGUGCAGAAAUAUGCAUUCAAAGCACUCCCGAAAGUAUUUUGCUUUCAAAAGUAUGUAUUCAAAUGUGACACCCUUCUGUUCUUCUUCCCUUAUGCUUCGUUGAGGACUAAAAAACCCUGUAAAUUAAGCAGAAGCAAUCUCCAGCCAUCCUUUUCCUUGACCAAUACCUCAGUGUUGCCAACAGUAAUAUGGAUUAGUGGCUCAGCUACGCUGUACAACUAGAGUAACCUCUAGGCCAGACUUGCACUAUUUGAAAUGUAUUCAAAGCACCACAAAAUUCUAUAAGAGCUCUCAGGAAGGCAGCAAAGAGGCUUUUAGGACAAUCCUGUUGAGAUGAGUCUUUCAUUACACUGGAGAUUUUUAAUGUUUUAUAGAUCACUUCUUACCACUAUCACUGCCAAUGUAUUUGCUUUUCUGGUGAGUUCCAGUCCUGCCAGAAAAUUCUUGGGAAUCCCUGUCUUUGGCCCUCUGUGCCUCAGCACAUUAGCACUUGAGCAAAAUUCACCAAUGUGGCCUUUAUCCUGAUAUGCUAAGAAUGCAUCCAGGACAUUAAGUAGUUGAUGUGAUCUCUAGAUGCUCUGACUUCCUUUCUGUGCUUUGUAAACAAAUGUAGCUUUAUUUGAAAUGUCAUCUUUGUCUUGUAAAGGUGGGGGUGAUUUGUUGUGUUGUUACGCAGAUACAUAUCACCCCUGCCUCGUGGCUAUUUUAUUCAAAGCCCUUUUACAACUACUACUACUACUCAAGGUAAACUGCAUACAUUCUGUUCAGAGCAAUGGCUGUUGAGCAUCUUAACCAGCAGCAUUGCAGUCUACUGGGAAAUGUUCCCAUUAUAGUGCCAGUAAAAUGAAUAGGGUGAUGAUCAAGAAUACUUCCCACUCGUUUCAUUACAGCAAAUGAGGGAUUUCUGUUGGUUCACCCAGUGACAUCAGGACUUUUAGCUGCCACUAAAUCACAGUUUAAUGUUUCUGUAACCUAUUCUGUUAGAUGAUAUUUAUAGAGUAUUUUUAUUGAAUUGUUGGCUUUAUUCUUACAGAAAUCUCUAUUCUCUCAAAGUAAAAGCACUGAGAUUCAAAAUUAGGGAAUUAUAUUGCAAUCCAUUCAAUGAUGCAGACUUCAAUAAGAUAUGUGUUUGAUGUGAACACUGCAUGUUGCUCUCUGGAAUGUUUCUUGCUAAAUAAUAUAUUGAAUCUUCAGUUGGAAUUUGGUUAUAACCAUUUAGUAUUAAUUUGCUCUGCACACAGGUUAAAGGCAAUAUUGAUAAUCUGAAAUUCAAAUGAUUGAGUUGAAUUAAUGUGGGGAACAGCAUGGCCAGAAACUGAAAAAGUAAUGCAAGGAUUUCAGUAGAAAAGUCAUGUUUUGUGUAUUAAAAUUUACGAUGCUUUCACACAAAUAAAGCUGGCAGUACACCGGUCACUAAAUGCACCAAAAAUGUGUUCUUGAUUAUUUUUGUAUACUGUAAGUGAAGCUGUAUCCUCGUAUUGUACACCAGUUUUCUUUGCUUAAUAAAGCCUUACAUGACAGGGAGUAUAGAA